CAGAGGCUUCUCCUCAGGCCUCAGGCCUCAGCCACACCGCCCCGACCCCGACCUCAGGAUACUCUUUGCGACGAUCGCCUGCUCCUCCGCCUUCCCCUUUGCUACAUGGAGCCCGGUAUCUUUCAGGUCGAGUUCCCCAACUUUGGACACAAUGUGCUGAAGCGGCUGAACCAGCAGCGGAUGGAGGGGAAGUUGUGCGACAUCACCAUCCACCUGCAGGGACAGACCUUCAGAGCCCACCGGGCGGUGCUGGCCGCCUCCUCCCCCUACUUCCACGAUCAGGUGCUGCUAAAGAAUACCAGCCGCAUCGUGCUGCCCGGCAUCAUGAGCCCCAAGGCCUUCGAGAGCAUCCUGGCCUCGUCCUACACCGGCAAACUGACCAUCAUGUCUCCCGAGAUAGUCAGCUACCUGACAGUGGCCAGCUUCCUCCAGAUGUGGCACCUGGUGGACAAGUGCACCGAACUGCUGCAAGAGAUCCAGCCUCCGUCCAGCCAGGCGACCGAGACCCAGUCUCCCAGCAGCAGCAACUACUUUAGUCCCUGGGAACCUGGCGAAGUAGGUCCGAACGGCCCGACCAAGUUCGAGCGGACGGGGGAGGGCGAUGACGAGGGAAGGGCCGAGGGAGGCGGCCAGAAAGAGGAGGAGGAGGAAGAGGAGGAGGAGGUGAAAGUCCGGCCAGCCUCGGACCGCGACGUGGAGCAGGACAAUGUGACGAGUAACUCGCUGGAGGCCGAGGUUGGUGGGAUCGGGGCCGGGCCUGAGCCGGAGCGAGGUGGAUACCCCCAGCCCCCCGGCUACAGCCAGCCCAGCAUCGUGCCGCACAAGCGCUGGGUCUACGUGAAGCCGGACCGCGGGGUGGCAGGGAGCGAGGAGGACGGACAGGGCCGGAGGAUGGAGGAAGAGGAAGAGGAAGAGGAGGAGGAUGGGGCGGAGAUUGAGGACAUGAGCGAUGAGGCCCAGCAACACCGAUUAGACGGCGAUUACGAGGGUUUCCAGGAGGAGCCGGGCUACGACGAGCCGGUGGAUUAUUACGGCUCCUCGGACGACUUCUCCUUCGACCGGAUGGAGGGCAGCCCCGGUGGGGUGGGCGCAGACGGGGUCCUUGCGGGCGAGAUCCAGGAGGACGGAGCGUACGGUGUCCCAGGGGGCGAGGCUGGGCCCAGCUCGGGCCCCGUCACCCCCAACUCGGACUUUGCCGCUGGCGUCUACAAGUUGUACCCCUGCCAGUGCGGGAAGACCUUCACCCACAAGAGCCAGCGGGACAGGCACAUGAGCAUGCACCUGAACGUCAGGCCCUUCGGUUGCCCCAUCUGUAGCAAGAAGUUCAAGAUGAAGCACCACCUGGUGGGGCACAUGAAGAUCCACACCGGACACAAACCCUACGACUGCCCUCUGUGCGGCAAGAAGUUCAUGUGGAGGGACAGCUUCACUCGGCACAAGAACGCCUGCUCCAAGCUGUACCACGCCACAGCAGGGCCUCCAGGCUCUCUCCCCGACCUCAGCAUCAUCCCCGACCUCAAUGUCAUUCCUGACCUCUAACCCGCUCGCUCGCUCGCUCGCCUGGCGGGCGGCUGGGCAGCUGACUGUUUUAGUGGCCGGUGGGGGAUGGGGAUGGGUUGGUCUGUGGGUCUCGUCCCAUUCCCCUACUUCUCCCCCUGCAGCGCCCACGCCAGUGGUUCCCUCUUGCUCUGUCUCUGGCUCUUCCUCCCACCCCACUCCACACCUCCAGCCAGACCAUCCCGACUGAAGCCUGGUGACCAACCAUUGGCAUUAAGUGGGGGGGUGGGUGGUGGGUGGGCAGAGUCUGACGAUCAGAGAUAGACUCGCGUUAGUCCGCUUGAUACCAUGUACGUGAGUGUUUAUGACGCUUUGGCUGCUGUGAGGACUUCCUUCCCGUUACAGUAACCAAACCGCUUCUCCUGGCUUUAAUCAUGCUUCCUGUUCCAGUCAGUUAUAUAAUGCUACAGUAAACUGCUGAUACCUUGUCACUCCCCAGGCAAAAGGGCUCAACAACAAGUUAGGCGUACGUAUAAAUGCGUAAGUAAUUGCUGUCGGAUUUCGCAAGGAUAUUGACAGCGCGAUGACUUCAGUGGUAGCGACAAGUUUAACCGGGGUCAAGUUAUCAGCAGUUUUAACACUCUGGGACGCUCCCUGCCUGAGGGGCGCUGUAUCAAUGCAAGUUGUUGUUAUCUUGCUUGAGGGGGCAAAUGAACAGGCGAUGGAUUUGGAAUGUCAGACGGAUGAGGAAUGUGACGGUCUCGCGCCCGGCUCCCGAGCCGUGGGGGUCCGCAGUAUUCCAGGGCACUCCUGAUGAGAGCCCAGCCCCAACCUGCAGCCAACGCGCUAUCAGGUCGGGUGGUCCUAGCUGGACAAGCAGCGCGAAAGCCUGCCGGGCAGUGAUAUCAACGGCAAGCUAUUUGGUGUUAGCCGGCUAGAUUCCAGCAGUUACCCCAGCACACACUCUGGGGUCCCCGAAGCCUCAUGCUCUCCGUAGUUAGGUAAAAAGGGUUCCCUCCCCGCCCCCUUCCCGCGCCCCCCCCCCACCCACCCCGCCACCGGAAAGCGAACAUGUAAUCCAUCAAAAAGUAAUAAUCCUUAAAUUUGAUACAGCACCUUUCAUGUUGAGAGGAC